GAAACAGUAUCAUUCUAGCGUCGGAGCAUUCUGGUCCGAUUCGACUUACCUCCGUAGCCACCGUGAUGACGUGAUCGCAGCUGUUACAGUUUAUAAACCUCCUCAAUUUUGCAUUCCCAAAAAUGACACGCCAGUUAAUUGCGGACAGCUUAAACGUCGCGAUCGUCGAGUUACAGUGAAAAAACGGCCACAACCCCAAGUUCAAAUACCACUCCUACAAAUUCAUCAGAGAAUCAAUAGACUUACUUGGGCUUAUCAACAGACUGGCAGGCGAACCGGUUUGCCCAAUAGACUUCAAGCCCCCAAUUGGAUAAUACUAUUGAAUAGUUCUACUUUAGACAUGGGCCAGAAGCUAACGUGUUGCAGGAAGUGCGAGGAGUGGCUGGAAUCCCACAGAAAUGAAGACGAGCCCAAGCUGCGUAUACGUAAUAUCAAUGCCAAUUACUUGGCAGGAGGCCCAAAUAAAGAUCAAAUAGAUUCUGCCAACUCGGCAGUGCUGGGAGUAGUUCGGAUAGAUCCCUGCCUGGAGGACAACCACGAUGAGCACCAUACGAGUCACUUUUAUGCCGCAGCUGCCAAGGAAGCCCUCAUCGUGAGGAGAGGAGAACCCUUCAGACUCCGCAUCCACUUUAAUCGCGACUACAGUCCCAGCAAGGAUGCCAUCAGUUUUAUUUUCAGUGUGGCCGAUGAUGUCAGACCGAGUCCUGGCCAUGGAACGCUCACAGCUUUGGUGCCCCACGAUGGUAUCGAUUACCUGGGCGACACCCUGGAGUGGGGGGCUGGAAUUGAGUCCCACGAGGGUCAAAUCCUUACAGUCCUGAUCAAGCCACCUUCCACUUGCCCGGUGACCGAAUGGAAAUUGGAUAUUGACACCAAGCUUCUGGGAGAUGGCUCCAAGAGUUAUCCCCUCCCUCUGCCUUUGUAUGUGCUCUUUAAUCCUUGGUGCCCUGAGGAUCAGGUGUACCUGAAGGAUCAUGAUCAGCGAAAGGAAUAUGUGAUGCACGAUACGACUUUGAUCUGGAGAGGAUCCUACAAUAGACUGCGUCCCUCGGUCUGGAAAAUUGGGCAAUUCGAGAGGCACGUGUUGGAGUGCAGCUUAAAGGUCCUAGGCACUGUCGGGAGGAUUCCUCCUGCCUACAGGGGUGAUCCUGUGCGGGUGGCCCGUGCCCUGUCCGCCUUGGUCAACUCCGUGGAUGAUGAUGGUGUGCUGCUGGGAAAUUGGUCAGAGGACUUCUCCGGUGGAGUGGCCCCCACCAAGUGGACCGGUUCCGCCGAGAUCCUUCAGCAGUUCUACAAAACCCAGAGAUCCGUGAAAUUUGCCCAGUGCUGGAACUUUAGCGGUGUACUGGCCACCAUUGCCAGGAGUCUGGGAAUUCCGGCCAGGAUUAUCACCUGCUACUCCUCCGCCCACGACACCCAGGCCUCCCUAACCGUCGAUGUUUUCAUCGAUGAGAACAACAAGAAACUAGAGGCGGAGACUACGGAUUCGAUUUGGAACUACCAUGUGUGGAAUGAGCUGUGGAUGCAGCGUCCUGACCUGGGAGUGGGUCUGCACGGCUCCUACGACGGCUGGCAGGUGGUAGAUGCCACACCACAGGAGGCAUCUGACAAUAUGUACCGCGUGGGUCCUGCCUCUGUUCUGGCCGUAAAACAUGGCGAGAUCCUGCGACCCUUUGAUGGAGGCUUCGUCUUUGCGGAGGUUAAUGCAGACAAGCUCUACUGGCGCUACAAUGGACCCAGUCAGCCCCUGAAACUCCUUCGCAAGGAUACCCUGGCCAUAGGUCAUCUAAUAAGCACCAAGGCGGUACUGAAAUGGGAGAGGGAGGACAUCACGGACAGCUACAAACACGCCGAGCGUUCCGAGGAGGAGAGGAGCACUAUGCUCAAGGCCCUCAAGCAGUCCCGUCACGCCUUUAGUCGGUAUUACCUGAAUGACAACUUCAAUGAAGUGGAAUUCGACAUGGAGCUCAAGGACGACAUCAAAGUGGGUGAGAACUUCAGUGUGGUUCUGAAAGUCUCCAACAAAAGCGAGACUCGCGUCCACUUGGCCACAGGGCAGAUUAGUUGCGAUGCUGUCCUCUACACCGGAGUGGGCGCCGUGGAGGUCAAGUCCCUGGGCUUUGAACUGGAACUCCAGCCGAAGAGCAGCGACUACGUGCGCAUGGAGGUCAUCUUUGAGGAGUACUACGAGAAGCUGUCCUCACAGGCCGCCUUCCAGAUUUCGGUCGCCGCCAAGGUCAAGGACACGGACUACGACUACUAUGCACAGGAUGACUUCCGGGUUCGCAAGCCGGACAUUAAAUUCCAACUGGGCGAGGCCAACAUUGUGGCCCAAAAGGAGCUGGACGUGAUUGUCCGACUGGCCAACCCCCUGCCCAUUCCCCUUCACAAAGGAGUCUUCACGGUGGAGGGUCCUGGCAUCGAACAGCCUUUGAAAUUUAAGAUCGCCGAGAUCCCUGUGGGUGGCACCGCGGCAGCCACAUUUAAGUACACUCCUCCGUAUGCGGGUCGUGGAACCAUGCUGGCCAAGUUUACCUCCAAGGAGCUGGACGACGUGGAUGGCUACAAGCACUACGAGAUUGAACCUCGCCCGGAGGACCUACUGCAGCCCAAUGGAAGCCAUCGAAGAAGCAAUAUUAUUCGCCGACGUACCGAUGUUAUUCCCUAAGCUAACCUCUCUAGAAACCAGUUUCUUUUUGUAUUUUUAGAUAUAGUUAUUUGUUGUAAAUAAUA